CUUCCCCCGUCUCUCUUACACCGUGCCGCCCUCAACAACCCAAUCCCGACCUCGUAGCACGGCUAUCUGUCGACUUGGCUUACCUUCUUUCAUCACAUCUCUCUGUUCUCAUUCGCCAACUGACGAUACCACAUCCUGCAGCUCAUCAUCCAUCUUCCAUGUCCUUGGAAUUCUCCCAGACCGUCUCCAAGGUAAUCCCGGCCGAGAUAAUGCUGACUCUGACUCCUUUUCCUCACAGAGUCCCAUCAGACCAUCGCCUGGCCCGGCUCUUGUUCAUCCAGAGUGUCCACUCGAGACUUUGCUGCACGCCAUCUCAAGUCCCCAACAACCUCGUGGGUCCCUUGAGCUUCUUCCCCUCCUCAUCUCUCUGCGCCGGCUGACCCUAAAAAUAGCCCCCAACUACCAUGCGCCCGGGGCAAUACUCUAAGCAAGCCGGUGACUCUUGCUAUGGAGACAGAAUACCUAACUACAACUUUACGGCACAUUUCGAUACGAGCCGCCCGAUGAUGUCGUUGAGCCCAUGACCAAGAUAGGCCCGACCAGUUCCGGUUAUCCUGCACAUGUUCUGUGUACUACCUUAAUCCACGAAUGAUUCGCCUACCAACCGCGCAGCUUAGUCAAUCGACGGUGCCGCGCUCUCUUGUUACCUCAUUAGUCUCUAACCUUCGUCUUGGCGAAUCAGAUGCUCCGUCUCCGUACUGUCUCGGUCUGAUCGACCCUGGAGACAGCUCGCCGGUGAACGCAACCCAAGAAACGCUUUUUUUGCUUUUUGCACCGUUCUGCAUUCGUAUCCGCGAAACUUCCACGUACCCCGACCGACCCGACUGUCUCUGGCGGAUGCCCGGCCAGAUGAGCCUCACCGCCGACUCCAAGACUGGUCAACAGCAGCAUCCUAGCAAGAAGCCAGGUCCUUGUCCUGUGCGUCGAUCUGCCUUCUCGCUUAGAUACGCUGGCGACUGAGCCGUGCCCUAGAAUCUUGACAACUCAAUGGGUCUCUGGAGCGCCGGAAUACCUCCCGUGCCAAGCAGUGGAGUGCCCGAACCGUACGAGCCUUCCAGCUGAGCUCAGACGGUCCACCGUGACUGUUGUCGUUCCAUCUGGAUAUACUACGAUCUGGUCCAACUUUCAGGCCUCUCGCGGUUGUGCUCCAGUCAGGUCGCACGUUUCCUGGGUGCGGUCAGACCUCUGCCUGCUAGCCCGGAUACAUACCAUCCAUAUCACAUCAGAACCUUCAAUGUGUCAUUGCAAGCUGGCAGUUGAUAGUGGAAAUUAUGCUGACAUGUUGCAUGUCAAAAUACCAAAUCAAGCGCCCUACGAUGUACUGCAAACCUAUCGGCACACGUCUGGACCAUCCGCGAGUACCGAACCAUGACAUAUAGCUGUCCCCCAAGUGGCCCGUCAGCCUCAUCCUUCACCUAUUCUCAGCCUGUGUCACACGAGCCCGUCGUAGCCGUCGGUGCAGCUCAUAGGUAGACAUAGGGCAAGAAAUUAGCACCUCCAAGGCAGAUCUUGGGUCCAAUUUGGGGAUCUGACAUGAUCCGCACCACCCAACCAGCUUUGCCGCAUUCCGUCUGCCUGGCUACUGCCACCCAUGACAAGCCGGAGCUCAGCCUCAUCCCAGAUUUGUCCCUGCUUGGCUUUUUCCAUCCUUUCUUAGUACGCAUCUUCUCUGCCCCGUAUCGGUAUCGCUAGCUCGACCCGAACGACCUGAAGCAUGUUCCAUCUACCUCCACAUGGCACAACAAACAUACCUUCUUUCUCCACAACGCACGAUCGUAUCCACCAUGAAGGGGACUUGGCUUAUUGUUCCCUCCAUGUCAGAAUGAGGCAUGGUAACUGCCCAUGGGGCAGGGGUAGGAUGCACCUCACUUCUACUCACACCUCACGUUCUUACUCGCAUCAAGAUAUGCCUGGAAAGCUGCCGGUCUGUGUAGACGCCACCCCGAGGCCUUGGACAUGCAAGUGCACCGAGACUAUUGAUGUCGACCUCCCGAAAGAGGCUAAGGCCUGGGAGGGCAGCUCCAGGCAAGACUUGACAUUGAUACACAAGUUGUAUAUAAUUCCAACUCUCCCUUCGGAUAUCUCGACGAAAGAACACAACACCAAGUCAGUCGCUCAUCUCCUACCAGUCUUGUGCUUUCACGUUCAUCAUGCUUUCCACCUUCAUCAGCUCCAGCCUUGGGGCUUUCCUCCUUGCUUCCCUCGCCAAUGCCAACCCCAUUCGUUCGGUUGAGCAAAGGCAGACAGGUUGCGGUACCAAUGGUAUCGGUAACCGAGAAUGCUGGAACGGAGACUUCAACAUUGAUUCCGAUUUCGAGAUCUUGACACCGCCCCAGGGAAAGUUGAGAACCUUUGACUUCACCCUAAGCAACUUGACCGAUGUCGCGCCAGAUGGCGUUCACAAGCCGGCCAUGUUGAUCAACAACCAGUUCCCGGGUCCCACGAUCGAGGCGGACUGGGGUGACACCAUUCAGAUCAACGUCCACAACCAACUCCAGACCAACGGUACCUCCUUCCACUGGCAUGGCAUGCAUUUGCGCGGCCACAAUGACCAAGAUGGUGCCAACGGUGUUACGGAAUGCCCUAUCCCCCCCGGACAAAGCAAGACAUACUCUUUCCAGUUGACUCAGUACGGUACAUCUUGGUAUCACAGCCACUUUUCCGCCCAGUACGGCAACGGCGUUGCAGGCGCCAUCCAGAUCAACGGACCGGCGUCCGCUGACUACGAUAUUGACCUCGGUCCGUUUGUUAUCAGCGAUUGGUACUACGGAACUGCGGAUAACCUCUUGCGUCAAGCCGAGCUUGUGCCAGCCCGUCCCCCGCCUAGUGACAACAUUCUCUUCAACGGCAAAAACAUCAACCCACUUGGCGCUGGCGGUCAAUACCAGAAGACGAGACUGACCCCGGGCAAGAAGCACCGUCUCAGGCUCAUCAACACCUCCGUUGACAACACUUUCACCGUUUCCCUGGUAGGCCACAGCUUCACUGUCAUUGCUACCGAUCUCGUUCCCGUUAAGCCGGUCAGCAAGGACAGCCUCUUCAUGACUGUCGGCCAGCGCUACGAUGUAAUCAUUGAAGCAAACAAGGAAAUUGAGAACUACUGGUUCAACGCAACUGUUGGUGGCGGCGGUCUUUGCGGCGAGACGAAGAACCCCCACCCCGCUUCAAUCUUCUUCUACGAUGGAUCUCCGGAUAGACUGCCAGUCGACCAAGGUACACCUCCCGCCAACUUGGGAUGCGCUGAUACCACCGGAUUUACUCCUGUGCUCUCCCGAACGGCCCCAUCAGACAAGUUUGAUGCGAGCAAGACACUGGACAUUGCUUUGGAUACGCCGACUAUCAACGGCGCAGCGGUCUAUCGCUGGAAGGUCAAUGGAAACGACAUUGACGUUCAGUGGGACAAGCCAACUUUGGAGUACGUUGCUGAGGGCAACAACUCCUGGCCGGAACGUGCCAACAUCAUUGAGAUCCCUGAGGCCAACGACUGGACUUGGUGGGUGAUUGAGAACACGGGCGCUCUGCCGCACCCCAUCCAUCUCCACGGUCACGACUUCUUGCUUCUUGGCACUGGCAGCGGCACAUUCAGCGGCUCAGAGGGCCUCAACUUUGAGAACCCCACACGCAGAGACGUUGCACAACUCCCCGGCUCUGGAUGGAUGGUGAUCGCAUUCAAGACGGAUAACCCGGGCGCCUGGCUGAUGCAUUGCCACAUUGCCUGGCAUGUGAGCAUGGGUCUCAGCGUUCAAUUCCUCGAGCGGAAGAGCGAAAUCGCUUCAACGCUCGACCUGGCAUCUAUCAAACCGACCUGCGAUGCUUGGAGGAAGUAUGAGCCAACCGCCGUGUGGGCCAAGCAUGACUCCGGAUUGUAAGAAGAACGCCGCCUUGGGCUGGCUGAGAACAUAAACAGCAUAUGUGGCGUCCAAUUGCUGAGAGGUCCAACUGCGGUGUGGUGGGCAGUCAACACGAGAGCACCAAGCCAGCCUGGCGCCUCAGCCUCCAACGUCAUCCUGCUUUUAUUGGCCUUUUUUCGGGCUGUGACUCGAUUUCCGGGCGGUCACCCAACCCUCCAUGAUUACCAGGAUUUGGUGCGGCGCGGAAUCCGGGCCUCUCCGGUCCUGUCAUGGGUCACCGGCGCGCAUGACAGGUACACCACCUCUUCGCAGCGGACUUCCGGGCCUCACAAGCAUUUCGCGCGCACGCGCACUAAUUAAUGAUCGACUUACGAAGCAAGGAUAUGGGAGGAAAACAUUUACUUUCAGCAGGCGCAGGCAUUUCAUUGGUGUUUUUCCUUAUGCAUGGAUUGGAGUUGUCCGGUUGCUGAUACCUAUUUUGUCCGCUCCGCUCCAACGAUUGGUCUAUUUUCAUUUACAUGGGUUAAAACAUGCAUAGAAUUGGGUGAGCAGGGUUGCAACAUGAUUUGCUCGGACUUUUCUACAGAAAUAUGCC